AACCAGUUCGAUAACUUGAAUCAACGUUGUAGCUAAAUCUCUUUUAUCAAACUCAAACAAAUCUAAUUAUAAUUAAGCACAAACAAUUAGGUCAAAUUCCCCCAAAAACAUCUCUCCUCUUUCUAGGGUUCAACCAUGUCGUCUAAGCCUAUGGAAAUGCAGCUGGUUCCGGCGCCGGAGAAGCGAGUGGCCGCACUUCCCCCACGUCCUCCGGCGAAUUCAUCUAGCGCGUUAGUCGAGUACACUCCUCCGGCUCCUAAACCCGAAGAGGAAGAUAUCGAAAUUAAGCUCCGGAGAAUUCUCGAGUGUGUUCCUGUACGCGUUAGCAAUACUUCCGGUAGUUCUGCGGGUUCUGGCUCCGGCGACUUCCAUCAGUAUCGGCAGAUGAGGCGAAAGGAACAAGAUCGACUUGCACGUAUGGAUGUUGACUAUCAGAAGAAGAAGGAAGAGGCAGAGUUUAUGUUAAGAAGAGAGGAAAGGUUAAAAGCUGCAGAAGAGCGCACAGCUAAGAAGCGUUUGAAACGACAAAAGAAAAAACAAAAGAAGCAAGAGAAUAAGAAGAUCAAAUUGGAUAACAAUGGAGAGCAGCAGCAGCAGAAACAGGAAAAUUCAGAUGUAGAUGGAAGCUCUGAAAAUGAAGCUGUGUAGUCAUGCUUAUAUAGUCAUAGAGAAAUGCUUGCCUCUUCUGAGAAGUUACGGCAUAACCGGCAUUGGCAGUAGAUGAUUCCAUGAUCCUGUAUUUUAACAUCUAUUUUCUUCCUACUUUUACUAGAAUAUAUUUUUAUCUUCGAUUUCAUUUCUUGAUGAAAUUUUAGUAAUUUUUUGUGCGAAAUUGAAUGGUAAAAAGCCUCCUAGUCUGAA